AUGCCGAAGGAACAGAUCCGCAAGCGCGGCAAGAGGAAGACAAAGCAGGAGGACGAGUUUGUGCCCAAGGCGGCGGCGCCGGCCGUGCCCGAGCCGGUGGCUGCCAACGACGACGCCGCGGCCUCGGGCGGCAUCCAUCCCUCCCGACUGGCGUUCAUGAAGACUGGCGUGCGGCCGCCUCCGCCGCCCAAGCCUGAGGGCGGGGAGGGAGACGCACAAGAAGGUGUACAAGAGGACGGCGCGGCCGACUGGACCCGCGGCCCGCGCCACGAGUCCGAGUUCCCCUUCGGCCCGCUCGACCCAGACGUCAAGGCGUACUUCCGUAACGUCGAGGAGCAGGUCAAGGACUGGGAGGGGGCCGGGGUGGGGGAGGAGAAUGCGGGGGAGGAGCGCGAGGACCGCCAGCUGUUCCUCACUUCAGUGCUCAACGAACUCCGGGGCCACGAGCUCCAAGUCGCCACUGACCCGGAAACGGCCGUCGUGCUUGAGCGCCUCCUGCCGUCGCUCAACGACUGGGGACGCCGUGUGGUCGGCGACUCUGUCGGCGAGGGGUGGGAGACGCUCGUGCGCCACCGGUUCGGGAGCCACGUCGCGCAGACUUGGCUCACGCUUGCGGCGGGCACGCUGGACCGCGAGGUGGGUCGCGCGGGGGACGAGUGCAAGUGUGCGGAGCUGACGUGCCAGGCCCGAGGCAUCUACCCGCCCCAGCAUGCCGAGCAGCGCGCAAAAGCCGAGGGCACGGACGAGGGCACGCUGCCUACCAUGGCCGAGCUGGUCACGACCCUCACGGACGCGCUGCUGCCGGUGCUGCCAGUGAUCCUCAUAUCGCAGUUCGCGUCGCCCGUCGUCCGCCUGCUCCUGCUGGUGCUUACGCCGAACCGCGCCCUGCCGUCGCUCGACGGUGCCGACUCCGGCGCCAACCUCAUCCGCUCGAAGCGUUCCGGCAAGUUCAGGAAGGGCCAGGGCGUGCAGGGCAAGUCGAUCCUCGGCGACGAGCAGCAGCCAAAGGGCAAGGGCAAGGAGCGCGAGGGCCGCGACGUGCCCGCGGCUGUGGCCGCGCUGCGGGGCAAGAUCCGCGCAGAGGUCAUGGCGCGUGUGAGCGGUGUCGAGUGGCAGAGCAUGGGCGUCGACAAGGUCGGCAGCGCCGCUGUGCAGCUGCUGCUCGAGGUCGAGGUGGCGGACAGCGACGCGGAGAAGGAGGGCAGCUUGUUGGAUAUCAUCACCGAGGGGCUGGUGGCGCAUCUGCACGCCGACCCCGACGCCGACCUGCCAGAGGCCAAGCCGUUCCUCUCGGCCCUGCAGGUCUCGUCGACCGGCACGCGCCUCUUCGAGGCCCUCCUCCGCCUGUCCCCGGAGCCCGUGUUCCAGGCGCUGUGGUUCACCUACUUUGACGGCAAGAUCGGCAAGCUCGCGCAGCACCCGUACGCCAACUUUGCUGUCGGUGUUGGUGUCUCGCGCUUGAACGCGGGGGCCGCUAAGGCCGCCGUUGGGGAGGUGCAGGCUGUGUCUGGUGGUCGCGGGUUGAUCAAGACUGCGCGUACUUCGGUGCUGCUAGCGCUCGUGGAGCGCGCUACGGCCCUCGGCGACGCCGACGUCGCGACCGCCGUGGUCGGGCUCAUCAAGUCCGCGCUUGAUCUCGGUGACCACGCCGACGCGCUCGUCCCCGCGCUCAUGGCCCUCAAGACAUACCCCAUCUACGAGGCGAUCCGUACCGGCGCCGAAGUGCCCGACGACGAGGAGGUGCCCGCCGACGCGGUCGACAAGGACGCCGAGGCGCAGGCGACGGCCACGGCCCGCCGCUCGGCGUGGGAGAACCGCCGUAAUACCCGUCCCCGCGGCCAGCUCGAGCCCAACAUGCAGGGCUGUUUACUCCUCCAGGCGCUCGUCGCCCUGCCCACCGGCAACAUCCCCGUGCUCGACAGCCUGUUCGCACAGCCGACCGACACGCUGCUUGCGUACGCCAAGAGCCCGAUCGCGUCCCACCUCCUCGACAAGGUGCUCACGUCGCCUGCCGUGCCGGCAAAGUACCGCCGCAAGCUGUACCUCGGCUUUGUGGGGCGGUAUGCCGAGCUCGCCGACGACCGGCUCGGCUCGCGCGUGGCCGACACGGUGUGGGACACGGCAGACGGAUACAUGCGCGAGAAGAUUGCGCGGAGCUUAAUCCCCGACGCGACGACGCUGGCGAACAGCCAGUUUGGUCGCUUCCUCUCGCGCCGGCUCGACCUGCACCUCCUCCAGCGGAGGCCGGACGAGUGGCGCGCGGCCCAGAUUGGCGUCAAGCACCACUUUGCCCACCAGAAGGAGGCGGAGGCCAAGCCCGUGCCGGCGCCGGCGCCAGUGGCAGCCGAGGUCAAGGCUGAGCCUUCUGCCGAGGACGAGGCCGCCGCGCGGAAAGCGGAAAAGCGCAAGUGGCGCAAGGAGCGCGAGGAGAAGGACGAGAUCGACGAGCUGUUCGCUUCUUCCGAGAAGAGCAAGAAGAAGAAGAGCAAGCGGGUAUAGGCGGGCGGCGGGCAUAGACGGGUCAUUAUUUCUAGAGCAGUAUGCGAUGCAUGUGUACAACACUGAGGCUAUGCGAUGCGGCGCCGCCCCAGCGGCGGCGUCCAGGGGUCUAAGCACACGUCACGUUCAAAUCUAAUCUCUCGUCGGGGUCCGGGGUACGCCUAGGGCUCCUCAGAGGGCGCCUUGCGGAGGUACAGGUCGAUCGCGCCGGAAAACGCUGCGAAGGCCGCCCCGCCGCCCAGCAUGGCCAUCGGGCCGGCGUUGCGCGCGAGGAUGGCGCCGGACACGAAGCCUGCCGAGAGGCCGUUGUAGAUGUCGUUCUUUGCGCGGUACCCCUCGAUACAGCACUCGAUGCCAGAGUACAGCGCGCCGACCUUGGCGAACCCCUUUCCCUGGCUGUACAUGUUCUUGCCCAUCUCCUUGAACAUGUAGACUGUCUGCGCGCGCGUGCCCGUCACGUGCUGCGACGCGCGGGACAGCGGGUCCUCGUACGCAAAGGUCGCGGACAUGAGGGAGACGAAACCACCGAAUGCGAAGCCUAAGGGGCGUCAGCGAGGUCGGAGACGACGGCGAGGCGAUAUUACGCCGCACCGUAUAGCCCGCUGGCUGGCAGCCCGCCAGUGGCCCGCAGCCCACAGCCCGCCUUUGGCGGCCUGCGGCCUGCGGCCUGCUGCCUGCUGCCUGCUGCCUGCUUCACUCACCUGCACCACCCGCCAUGACCACCUUCAACGGACAGCUCUCCAUGGCCGUGUUCAUCCACUUGCCCCACUUGACCUGGUCGCGAAAGUUCUGCUUCUCCUCCUCGGUCGUGCCGGGCGGGUACGGCUCGGUGCCGGGGAGGUAGACUGGUGCCAUGAGGGGGUGCUGCAUUGUGGCGGGUGUCGUGAGUCGUGAGUGUUGUCGCCUGCCGGCUGGUGUUGUUGUGGCAACAAGAAG